UUUAUUGUACCUACUACCUGAAUAUAAUUCGACAUCUGUAAGGCACUUGGCUUUCGUCAACACAAAUAUCUUCUCUUUUCAUUGAGAGCAUCGAUUAUUGGUCUUAUUUUUACGAUUUUUACAAUACGAUCGUUUCUGACAGCAGUUACAUUGUCGUUAAAGUAUGUUUAGAAAUCAGAAAAUCACAAAUAGAAACAGGAACAAACAGUUUCAAAGUACCUAAAUUGUAAUUAAGUACAAGACAUGUAAAAUAAACUGGGAAACGAAGUAGAUAGGUCAUUUUUUAUUUUUUUUAUGCUUGUGCUUGUUAACUGAGCUGCCGUUUUGUAAUAAUCACCUUCAUUUUCGUCAUAGAUCAGUUUUCCAUCGAGAAUCCGGUUUAUUGACCUGCACCAACUAUAAAUCAAAAUCUUUAUUGCUAUGUCCAUAAACUGUUCUUUCAAUUCAUUUUUGUGUUGAUCACAAUUAAAUGGAAAAUCAAUUAAAACGUCAGCCAAAAUACCAAAAUAAGGAUUACCGUGUGGGUAGUGCAAACGUGUAUUGGUGUGUCUCGUGAUUUUUUUUCUUAAAUUAAAUAGUAUUUCGGUUUAAACAUUAUAACUUACAGUUUCAGUGAUGAACUAGUGUCCCACCACACAUCAAUCGCUAUUUUUUAUCAAUAAUAUCCUUUAUUUAACUAUAAUAAACUUAAAGUUGGAAAUCACUUCUUCAAGUACCUUCAAUUUAACUUGUAUUAGUUUUUCACUUUCACCUUAUUAUGGAGGAUCUUAAAAAGUCAUUAAGGGAUGUAUCCGAAAUGGUGUCUACCAGAAUGGAAGAGUUUCAGCAGCGACUUAUUGCAACUCAGAAUAGGUCCCCCUCACUAGAACAAACUCCACUUGCUAGGGAUUUCGAAGCAUUCAAAAAUUCUGUUUUAUUCUGCCUAGAGAAUCUCCAAGCUCAGAUGGCGAUUCUAUUUAGAGUGCAGGAUGAACAGGAGAUGCGCAGUAGGCGAAAUUGUCUGUUGCUGCAUGGAGUAAAUGAAGCAAAGGAUGAAAACCAGGGCUCCAUUGCAAAUAUGAUAUCCAUACUCUUAAAGUGUCCUAAUGUGACGGAGCAGUGCCUCUCCCGUUGCCAUCGAGUGGGAUUAAGAUCCAAUGACAAGCCUAGGCCUAUAUUAAUAAAGUUUCGUGAGCAUGCUGACAAGUUAAGGAUCUGGGCUGCCAAAACUAAUCUUAAAGGCACUGGAAUAACCUUGUCUGAGUUCCUGACAAAAUCAAGGCACUCGCUAUUUAUGGAGGCAAGAAAGCGGUUUGGCGUCUCGAUAUGUUGGACUCGCGAUGGACGUGUACAAGUGAUAGGGGCUGAUGGGAAACUUUGCCGCAUCUCUUCGCUGAAGGAACUCGAUUCAGUUCCGGACAGCAUACCGUCAUCGACCGCAGCUGAUGAUGCAAAGCUGACAAAAGACAAGACCCGUAAUAAGAAGGCUCCAAAAAAGGGUCAAUAACUUCCGUUUGUACAGUGUUGGUGUUUCGUGUGUUGAAACGCGACACACUUCA